AUGGCUCUAUUGGGGAAAUACCAUCCGGAAGCAGUCGAUUAUAUUUCGAUGUGCUGCUGUGAUGAUAUGGAUGCGAAUGUUUUGGCAGUCAAGGAGGCUGUCAAGACACUGUUUGAUAUCGAAUUGCCGUUUGAUAGUUACCAGGAGUGGGCGGAGCUUAGCGAAGGGUCUCGAGUGGAAUAUUUAGCGAAGAUAGUAAAUUUCAUUAAAAAUGAUAAAGCUAAAUUGAAGAAUAUUCUGUUUAACCAAUUACGAGCUGCGGGCACGUUGGCACAUAAGAGGAAGGCGAUUCACAGCCAGGUGAGUUAUUAUUUAUUAUUAUUAUUUAUUAUUGUUAUUAUUUAUUAUUAUUAUUGUUAUUAUUUAUUAUUGUUUAUUAUUGUUAUUAUUAUUAUUUAUUGUUGUUAUGUUAUAGUGACUGCAGGAGGGUGUGGUAGUGGUUUGAAGCUGUUAGAAGCAGUAAUAAUAGUAAUAAUAAUAAUAAUAGUAAUAGUAAUAAUAAUAAUGAUAAAUAGUAUAUGUAUAUUAAUAAUAUAUACAUAUAUAGUAUAA